AUAAUUAAUUUAAAGGAAUAAAACAUAAAAAUAUUAAUAAUAUAUAAUAAUAUAAUAUAGUAUUGUUUUUUUUUUUUUUCAGUUCAACUCUGUAGAUUUUAUUACAGAUAAUUUUCAAAUUUUUAUAUAUAAUUAUAAUAAAAAUAACAUAUAAUAGCAUUUAUAAUAAUAGUAACAACAAUAAAAGAACAACUCUCAUAUCCAGUACAUUAAUAACAAUUAAUUUAGUUUUAUUUAAAUUUUAAUUUUUUUUAUUGUAAUAAAAAAAAACAACAAAAAAAAAAAAAAAAAAAAGAACCAAAAACAUAAUAUAUAAAAUAUUUACUUUAAAUAUAUAAAUUUUUUUAAAAAUUAGUAAAAAAAAAUAUACUUUUAAAAAUAAUAAUCAGUAAAAAUACAAUUAUAAUAAUAAUAAUCAAUAAAAAUUAAUAAAUAAAAUAUUUUUAUUUAUUUAUUUUUAAAUAUAUAUAAAAAUAAAUGUCACAGUUUAUAACAAAUAGUAAUCACUUUAAUGAAACCAAUAAUUUAAAUUCACAAUUAUUGAGCGAUUUAAAUGAUGAAAAGAGAACGUUCAUGAAUCAAGAUGAAGAAAACUUUAUACAAUCACAAAAGAAUAAACUAGAUUUAUCAAAGCAACAAAUUUAUUCAUUAGAGGAGCGUUUAAGCAAAGAAAUUCAAAUAAAGUUUUCAAAUGAUUUCAAUAUGGUAUCAAUAUUAAAUUUAAAUGACAAUCUUUUGGGUGAAGUUCCAGAAUCUAUUAGACUAUUAACACAAUUGGAGCAACUUUCAUUAAGAGGCAAUCAUAUAUUAGAGAUACCAAAAUGGCUACCAACCGAUUUCAAACUCCUUCGUAAAUUAGAUCUCUCACACAAUGUUAUUUCUCAAGUACCAGUAACUUUUAAUAAAUUCAGUACAUUAGAAGAUCUCAACUUAUCAAACAAUUAUAUCUCACACAUUCCACCAUCAUUCUUUCCAGAGAAUAUUAUGACAUUAGAUCUAUCACACAAUCUUUUCAAGGAGAUUGAGUUACCACCAUGGUUCGAAAGUUUAUUAUCGUUAGACAUCUCUGGUAACAAGUUAAAGCAUUUAGGUAAUCUUCCAUAUCACUUGGUUAAGGUUUCUAUAGAUGACAAUCAUUUAGAGUCCAUUGAUCAUAAGGUUAUUAUAAGAAAUAAAGAUUUAGCGCUCAAAUUUAAUCAGUCCUUUAGUGAUAUAGUUUUAGAAAGAAUUUAUCAAUGUUGGUACACAGGUGAUCCAGUAUUGGAUCUUUCUGGUUUGGGUAUGUGUGUAGUUCCACCUAUCCUUGGUGAGCUUACACAUUUAACCCAUUUGGAUUUAUCUGGUAAUUGUAUUUCAGUUUUACCACCAGAAUUAUCAAAGCUCACAGAAUUGGUGCGUUUAGACAUCAGUUAUAACAUCCUUACUACACUUCCAUUAUAUAUUGUCAGUUUUAAAAAGUUAGAAUCACUCGAGUUACAAGGUACCCUUGACUAUUUAGUAUCACCACCACGUCGUAUCGCAGAAACUGGUAAACUUAUUGAUAUUCAAAGAUAUUUCCAAGAUCUCUUCCAAGGUGAUCCAAGCUAUCGUGUAAAAUUAAUGAUUGUUGGUCAAGAAAAUGUUGGUAAAACAAGUUUGGUAAAAUGCUUAAAGAUGAAAAAGAAAUUUGCCAAAGGUGUUGAUCAUUUAGGAACCAAUGUCUCUACUGAUGGUAUCGAUAUUGAAGAGAUCAAAUUUAAUUUAGAUGUCGAGGUCCCAAGUCAGUCUGUCCCAUCAAUGCCCUCUUCAAAUUCCACUUCAUCACUAUCAUCACAUCCACCACAAAUACAACCUACCCUUUCUAGUGCUUCAUUAAAUUCUUCAUUCAGUAUUGGCAGUAAUAUAAAUAGUAAUAAUAAUAAUAAUAACAACAACAAUAGUAAUGUGCAUAGUAGUCACUCAAAUGGUACUCAUAGUAAUUCCAGUAGUGGUAACCCAAAUAACUCUUAUGUAAAUACAAAUAGUAACGGUGGAAAUGUUAACAGUAAUGGUAAUACAUUAAGUAAUGGUGGAACCAGUAAUGUAAAUAGUAAUGGUGCUCCAAGUGCUAUGAAUACAAGUAUUACAAGUAGUACUGGAAGUGGUCUUGGCCCAGUUGGAUCAAUGGUUAAUCAAAAAGUUACAAUGUCUAUUUGGGAUUGUGCAGGUCAAGAGCUUUAUUAUACAAGUCAUCAAAUGUUUCUUACAGAUUCUGCUUUAUAUGUCGUCGUAUGGAAUCUUUGUAAACCUGAAGUUAAUAGUAGAGUAGAGUUUUGGUUACACUCAAUUCGUUCAAAAGCCGAAAGUGCUCCAAUUCUCUUAAUCGGUACUCAUUUGGAUGACUAUCUUCAAACUCACAACGAAUCUGAAUUGGACGAUAUCUUAAGUAAUAUUUAUAACAAAUAUUUUAGAAAAUUCAAAUUAAAAGGUAUUUGUGUAGUAAGUUGCUCAACUGGUCAUGGUUUUGAUCAAUUCCUCGAUCUCUUAAAGAAAACUGUUGUAGAUCUACCAUCAUUAAAACAAUCAUUACCAGAAUUAUACUUAAAAUUAGAAAAAUUAAUUAUUAAAAAAAGAACAACUAUGGCGCCACCAAUUUUAACUUGGCAAAAUUAUUCACAAAUGGUUUUAUCAAAUUUAGAUUUCCAUGAUGAGGUUCAUGUUAAGGUUGCAACUAAAUCUUUAGUACCUUUAGGUUCAAUUUCAUUUUUUGAUGAGCCAGGUUUAGAUCAAUAUGUAUUUUUAGAUCCACAAUGGUUAACUGGUGUUUUCUCAUCCAUCAUUACAACUAAACAUAAAUUUAUCAAAGAUGGUGUACUUAGAAAGAGUGAUCUUUAUCAAAUUUGGAAGCCACCUCAUUUUAUUGAAGAUGAAAACCUUCAUUCCCUUUUAAUUUCAUUAUUAGAAAGAUUUGAAUUGAUGUUCCCUCUUGAUAAUAUCGAUUCAAGUACUCCAUCAUUAAAUGCGUCACAAGUAGGUAACAGUUAUUCAACAGGCUCUCAAAAUGGUGGCAGUAAUAAAUCAUCCCCAUUCAAACCACCAACUUCACCUCAAACCUUAAGACUUGGCAGCGAUAAAAGAAAUAGUGGUUCAUCAUCUGCUACAAUCCUUCAAUCAGCUGCUUCAUCAAAUAAUAAAAAGAGAAAUCAAACUAUUACAGGUUCACCAUCAGGCAGAUCAAGAUCAAAUUCAGAUAUCGAAAAUUCAAUGUUACCAGCCAUGUCACCAAACUCACUUAGUCAAUCUGGUGGCAUUAAUGCUGAUGGUAGUAAUACAUCUGGUGAUAUCAAUCAAAUUGGUAGUCCAAGUAAAAUGGGUUCAAAUACUUUAACAACAAAUAUUUUUAAUGAAUUUAACCAAAGAUUCAUUAUUCCAUCACAAUUACCAGAUACUCGUCCUGCAUUUGGUUUAUUAUGGCCAUCAACUGAUAACUCUCGUAUUGAAUAUAAUCGUUGGAUUCAAUUAUCAUUUGCACCAGCAGGUCUCUUCAGUAGAUUAUUAAUUCGUCUUUUAACAAGUAAAGAGUUUGAAAUGAAACCAAUUCUUUAUUGGAGAAAUGGUGUUGUUGUUGAUGCUCAAAGUGGUCGUGGUUUCUUGGCUACAUCAACAGCUCUUAUCGAAAUGUGUCCAAGUUAUAGUAAUUGUAGUUCAACAAUUAAAAUUAGCGUUAGAGGAGAUCGUAGAAGUGGUAAAUCUUUAGCAGCAAAAUUACUUCGUUUAAUUGUCGAAAUUACUGAUACUCUUUGCACUAGUUGGUAUCAUUUAGAAACUAAUCAAGUUAUUCCAUGUCCACAUUGUUCAAAUAAAUCAAAUUGCACAUUAUUCAGUUUAACCGAAUGUGAAAGUGUUGCAAGUAGUGGUGUUUGGUAUUUAGUUUGUGGUGAUAGAAAGAUUGGUUUUGAAAGUUUUGUACCAGAUGUUGCUAUGAGCGAUUUCUGGGGUUCAGGUAGCAAGAAGUUUAAUUAUAAUGAAAUUAAAAUUCACAAAGAAAAACAAAUUCUCAUGAUCAAAUCAAAUGUUUAUGGUGAAAUUCAAUUCGAUAUCAAAUUACCAAUUAUAAAUGGUGCAGAUAAUAACAAUAAUAAUGGCGAAAAUAGUCAACCAACUUCACCAAGAAAAGAAAAUGAUUUACCAUUUAUUAAUCAAUUAGUUUCUCUAGAAUCAACUGCUUCAUCUAAAGAAAUUAUACCAAUCAAAAUUGAAUUCGACUCAAAUAAUCAAACACUUAUUGUUUCAGGUUCUUAUAAAAAACAAAUUGGAAAUAACAAGCAAGAUCAAUUCAUAAUCGGUGAGGUUGAAUUUGAUUCACCAAAACUUAUUGGUCGUGGUGCCUCUGGUAAAAUUUAUCGUGCCAAUUUAGGUGAUACAAUGGUUGCAGUCAAACAGUUAGAGGUCGUAGGUGAAGAUGCCCCAAGAAUUUUUAGCGAUUUUAGAAGAGAAAUUCACGUAAUGAGUGAUUUAAAGCAUCCAAAUGUUGUCAAUCUUUUAGGUUUCACUCUAAAUCCAUUUACUAUGGUUAUGGAAUAUAUAGAUUGUGGUGAUCUCCAUAAAUUCCUUCAUUCUCAAAUCGGUGAUAUCUUAAAUGGAAAUUGGGCUUUAAUUUUGAAAUUAGCUCUCGAUAUUGCCAAAGGUAUGGAUUUCCUUCACUCUGUUACUCCACCACUUUUACAUAGAGAUCUUAAAUCACCAAAUGUACUAUUAAGUAUGAAGAAUGGUGUUUAUCAUGCUAAAGUUGGUGAUUUUGGUCUUUCAUCUCGUAUGUUUAUUCAAGCACUCAAACACAAACUUAGAAAUUUCCCAGUUGGAAAUAUUACAUGGGUCGCACCAGAAAUUCUCCGUGAGGAAGAAUACACAGUCAAGUCUGAUGUAUAUGCAUUUGGUUUAAUUUUACACGAAUUGAUGACUAGAAAACAUCCAUACCGUGAGUUUAAUUAUCAAAUGGUUUCACUUCAGGAAGAAGCUAUUAAGAGUGGAUUAAGACCAACCAUUGCUCCACAAUACACCCAAACUGUUACAGGUCAUGAAUAUUGCGCUUUAAUUCGUGAUUGUUGGGAUUCAGAUAUCGAUAGAAGACCAACAUUUAACAAGAUUGUCAAACGUAUCAAGCAAAUUAUUGGUAGAGAUGUCAAUAAUAUUUUAGAGGGUACUGAUAUUGGAUCAUCCCCAAGUAUAGAUCCAGUUUCACAAAGUAAAAAUCUUGACGAUUCAAAUAAUCCACACAUUAGUCAUAUGAAUCUUGGUGAUGCUCCAUCCGAUGAAAAUUUAGGUGGUCAACUUCAAUUAAGUAUGCGUACACAACCAGAAGCUAAAGUUAAUCAAUUGGUUUGGGAAUUGGGAUCGCGUAGAGUAUGGGGUGGUUGUGAAGGUGGUGAAAUUCUUGUUUGGAAUGCUGAAAAUGGUAAUCAAAUCUUUAGAGAACAAAAGCUUCAUCCAGGUCCAAUUCGUGCAAUGGCUCUUGUUAACCAAGAGGAUAUUUGGUCAACAGGUGCAACAGGUUCACAUUGUUCAAUUAGAGUUUGGAAUGCUUGGCGUUUCAAUUUGGAUGACCAACAAGGAACUAAAUCAGACUAUAUUACAAAAAAAGGUAGAGGCGGUUCAACCUUUGGUAGAAAAUCAUGGAGAGUAAGAUGGUUUGUUCUAAGUAGAUUCGAUAAAUCCCUCAAAUAUUAUGCAAAACAAAAUGAUAAAGAUCCAAAUUGUACAUUAUUAUUAGAAGGUGCUUGGCUUGAAGAACAAAAUGCUGGUUUUAGAGUAUCGCUCCAUCUCAGUAUCCCAGAAAAGAGAACCAUGGAAUUAGAGUUUAAGACUGAAUCAGAAAAAUCAUCUUGGAUGAUUGCUAUUAAUCGUGUCAUUAAUCAAAAUAUUCCACUUCACGAAAUCACUUUAGGUAAAUUUGUAAAAUCAGAAAAUGAUUAUGUAACCUCUAUUUUAGUGAUCAAUCAAAAUGUUUGGGUAGGCUUCAAAGAAUCUAAUCAUAUCGUUGUAUUCAAUUCAAAAACAAAAGAUUUAGUUCAAAAGAUUCAAAUGGACGAUCAAUGGAAAGGAACUGAUCAAAUGAUUCUUCAUCAAAGCUUUGUUUGGGUAGCUGGCCGUAAUAAUUUAGCUCAAAUUGAUUCUUCAUCCUAUCAAAUUUUACAUGUUCACAAUCAUUACACUCAACCAAUUCUUUCGAUGGCUUCUGUUGAAAAUAAUGUUUGGGUUUCAGCUGAAGAUACUUCUCUUUCAAUUUGGGAUGGUGAAAAUGGAUCAUUCAUUAAAAAAGUUGAAAAUACUACAAAUUCUAAAUUUACAAAGAUUUUAUUCUUUAGCGGUUAUCUUUGGGCUUGUUCUCAAGGUUCAAUUCAAAUUUAUUGUAUUCAUAACCAUGUUUCGAAAAAGAAAGUUGAAACUAAAAAUCAUCCAAAUAGUAUUAUAGAUUUAAUUAAAGUUUUCCAACAAACUGUUUGGUCAUGUUGUGGUAGUCAUAACAUUUGUAUUUUCUCUUAAUAAUAAUAAAAUAAUAAAUAGUAGAUAAUAAAUAAUAAAUAAAUAAAUAAAUAAUAAAUAUAUAAUAAAUAAAAAAAUAAAAAUAUAACAAAUAAAUAAUAGAAUAUAUAGAAUUCAAUGUAAUAUUAAUAAAAAAAUUUUAAUUUUAAUUUUAAUUAU